AUGGAAGACGCGCUUGCUAAACACGGGUUCACUGUCGCGUUUACUCAGAACAUUAUUGACGCUACCAUGGUACGAUAUCUAAACCAACAACAGCAAGAAAUCAUGAUAGCGAUAACGCGGCGCACAGGGCUCGAUUUGGAUGAGCAGGAUAUUGGUCUGAAUGAUAUCGACGACACCGACCGCCUCACCAUCAUCAUCAUCAUCAUCAUCAUCAUCAUCAUCAUCAUCGUCAAGCAACAAACAACGCCCACAAACUCAGAGCCUGAUUAUGAUGAUAUUAGCAGCCAAUAUGCGUUUGAUGAUGCCACUAGUCAAAUUGCUCCGCAUGACGGAAGGCCAUUGAAGAAUACAUGGAAGCAUGGCGAUAAGCUAAUUAUUAUUGGUAAUGAUGAACUGGGCAUGCUCAACAAACCUAGGCAACAGGCUCAAGGUGCUCAAUUGACGUGUAAAGCAACAGAAAUCAAACACGAAACUUUCGUGACAGCGGCGGGUUUGCUUUUUAGUGCACUGGAUUUGGAGCAAGAAGAAUGGGGCGAUAUUCUGACCGAAGCGACAAGAAGCAGAAUCGAUUAG